CCUAUCCCCUCAGCGCAUUUCCUGUUUCUGACUACAUCUGAGUGUUAUUUCUCCAACGGGACGGAGCGGGUGCGGUUCCUGGACAGAUACUUCUACAACGGGCAGGAGUACGUGCGCUUCGACAGCGACGUGGGGGAGUUCCGCGCGGUGACCGAGCUGGGGCGGCCGGACGCUGAGUACUGGAACAGCCAGGAGGACUUCCUGAAGUACAAGCGGGCCUCGGUGGACAGGUUCUGCAGACACAACUACGGGAUCUCUGAGGGAUUCCUGGUGCAGCGGAAAAGUGAGUGA